AUGUCUGAUUCUUUACGCUCUGAGUUGGGAGAUUUUUACAGAAAAGCAUUAUUUAAUAGCCAAAAUCUGGAGCCUCUUACCAGAACAGAUAUUCAUAUAGCCCAAAGAUAUUCUUGUCACAGUAAAGUAGAACUUAGCACUGAUGUUUGGAAAGAAGGAUUAGUUAAUGGUUAUGAUACAGAGAAACAUCCGUCUAAAUUUAUUAUUGUAAAUAGUAAGGCAUGUUUAAUGAAACAAACCCGCUCAUUACUAAUAAAACUUUCUUUAGAUGAUUGA